AUGUUCUAUGUACGUGUAAUUAUUGGUUCGAUAGUUCUCCUUAGCUGUGUUGCCGUAACACUAUUCUUAGUUCCGUGGGUCAUCUACUCUUCCGAAUGGCGACUUGAACAGACUACCAUGCAGGAUCGUUUUCUCGACGAGCUUAAGUGGGAACAAAGCCGUUCGACCCUCUCUAAUCAAGUCACCAAGGCAGCGAAGGAGCAGAAACUACCGAAAACUGAAAUUGAAGAUAUAAUCGUCAGAUACUUGGACAAUUACCUCCAAAACGCAGUGCGGCAUUCUUCGUCACGACCUGAAACGACUUACUGGACAUACCCAUCAAGCAUCUGGUUUGUCGUCUGCCAAAUCAUGUCCGUUCAGCCGUUAAGAAACUUAGAGAUUUUCUCAGUUGUCACCCAUCUCCUUUCCUUGUACUAUAAACUGCUCGGACCAAGUGUUGCAGUACUGAUUAUCGCAUCAAUGGCAGCUACAAUCACUUGGAUCUUUACUGUGAUGCUCCCAUGCGUUUUGCAAAUGCCAAAAGACUUGGCACAGUGCCUCACCUCGGCUUACCAAAAAAGACUCAUGACACGUGACUUGAUUGUUAUGACUUUAUCACUCUGCUAUUUUGUGGGAGUUACGAUUCUUUGCGCAUCGCUCUACUCCUCGCAUAGUGGCACCGAUACUAGGACGACACUAGGAGAUUUACUAGCCAUGAUGUCGUUGACCACAUUGUCGGGAAAAGAGGUAUAUGGCCACGGAACAAAGAACUCCAUAAUGGAAGCACUUUAUUGGAGCAGUCUCCUCUUCCUCACCAACUCUGCUCUCGCUGCCGCAUUUGCGUCAAUUAUCCGCGCUUACUGUACUUGGCUGAACAGCGACGAGGUGAUUGCGACACCCGAGGAAUUACUAGCAAGCUUGGAAAAGGAGAAGAGGGAACGUAGAAAUCAACUGAUCUAUCAUGACAAAUCUGAGUGA